AGUCUGUUAGCAUGCGCGAGCUGUGCAGAGGUCGUUUCCACUUCUCUGCCUAAAGAUGCAUCAGUCCUUCAUGCUGAGGAGGCCUACUGGUGGGAAACCUGACAGACAAACAGACAGACUGUCCCUCUUAACUAUUUGACACCACCCUACAGGAGUUAAACUGUAUCAGUGUGCGUAGUUAAUCUUCUCUGAACUCAGCUAGAGGCUUCAAAGUGUUCCCUGAGUGUUCCCCUCAGCCAGUCUGGAGCUCCUUUUCUCUGAACACAGAAACACUUCUCUCUAAGGAUGAAUGUUUCAACUGUGUCCAAGAAGCUGUGGUGUGCCCACAAACAGCUGGUCAUCCUGCUCACUCCUCUCCUGCUCCUGCCUUUACUUUUUACUCUGCCAGAAAAGGAGGGAAAAUGUCUUUAUGUGGUGUUGCUGAUGGCUAUCUUUUGGUGCACAGAGGCCCUUCCUCUGGCCGUCACCGCGAUGCUUCCCGUCUGUCUCUUCCCUACACUGGGAAUCCUUCCAUCCAAGAAAGUCUGUCCUCAGUACUUCCUCGAAACCAACUUUCUCUUCCUCAGCGGUCUGGUGAUGGCCUCGUCCAUCGAGGAAUGGGGUCUUCAUCGCAGAAUAGCCCUGAAGGUCCUAACUAUUGUGGGAGUGAAGCCAGCAUGGCUCAUAAUGGGAAUGAUGCUGACAAGCGCCUUCCUGUCCAUGUGGCUCAGUAACACCGCCACAACAGCCAUGAUGCUUCCUAUUGCUAACGCCAUCCUGGAGAGUUUGUUUGGAGACCUGGAGACCCUGAAGAAAAAGUGCAAGUCUCCAGAGGAAACUGAGGGAGAUAUCCUAAAUGGUCAUUCUGUAAAGCUGCAUUCGCUGCCCUCAGUGCCCUCGGAAAAACAAAUACUGUCAAUAGACGGGCCAGAUGGGACGGAGCAGACUGACCUGCUGACCGCUGAGGAAAUCCAGUCGGAGGCUCAGUAUCAGCUGAAGGUGUGGAAAGGCUUCUUGAUCUGUAUUCCUUACGCAGCCAGUAUCGGAGGCACCGCCACACUUACAGGCACCGCGCCAAACCUCAUCCUGAUUGGACAACUGAAGAGCUAUUUUCCAGAAUGUGACCUUAUCAACUUUGGCUCCUGGUUUGCGUUUGCUUUCCCGCUCAUGCUUCUCUUCCUGGUUUUGGGAUGGCUUUGGAUCUCUUUUCUCUACGGAGGAUUGAAUACACGAUUGUGCUUAAAGAAACACGACCGGCGAGCUGAUGCAGAGGUCAGAGCGAGGGCUCUAAUAGAGGAAGAUUACAGAAAACUAGGGCCCAUAAAUUUUGCAGAGGGAGCGAUCUCUUUCUUUUUCGUCCUCUUUGCCGUUCUCUUGUUCACUAGAGAUCCCAAAUUUGUCACCGGCUGGUCUGUGUUUUUUAAAAAAGGGUACGUCUCAGAUGCAGUCACUGGUGUUAUCGUUGUGUCUAUACUCUUCUUCUUCCCCUCGCAGAAACCUUCUCUGAGCUGGUGGUUCGACCCUAAAGCUUCAAAUACUCCGUAUGUCCCUCUGUUAUCAUGGAAAAAAGCUCAGGACUCUGUCCCCUGGAAUAUCAUUCUGCUGCUCGGAGGCGGCUUCGCUAUGGCCAAAGGUUGUGAGGAGUCUGGUCUCGCCUCAUGGAUGGGAGGCCACCUCCAGCCUUUGGCCGAGGUCCCUCCUGCUGCAGCUGUGAUGUUGAUCACUGCUUUCCUAGCGUGUUUCACUGAGUUUGCCAGCAACACUGCCACGAUUAUCAUAUUUUUACCCGUCAUUGCAGAACUGGCUAAUCACGUCUCAGUGAACCCUCUGUACUUCAUGAUACCUGCAACAAUUGGAUGUUCAUAUGCCUUCAUGCUGCCAGUGUCCACACCUCCCAACUCCAUCGCCUUUGCAUCAGGACAUCUCAUGGUCACAGACAUGGUGAAGACUGGCUUUGUCAUGAACAUCCUGGGUGUUCUCUCAGUUUCUCUUGCCAUGAACACGUGGGGCGUCGCCAUGUUCAACUUGAACACUUAUCCAGAGUGGGCUCAUCCCCUGAACAAGUCUGCUGUUCUUACAGGUGUCCACCUCUCAUCUGUCCAGUUGCUCAAUACUACACACUGAUGAUCACACAUUCUAUCUCAGCAUGAGCAUAGAGGAAGUGUCAGAGGGAUUGCCUGUUGAUAUAAACUCUGUGGCUGUAUCCGAAUUGCCAAGUACCUACUCAAUCUUUCAGUAUGCAGUAGGCAGUAGGCAGUACCUACU